AUGGAUUCUGAAGCACUUAAAAAAUACUCAGUGUUGCAUCCUAAACCUGCUGGACUUACUCUUCAGUAUGGCACCGCUGGAUUUCGCACCAAGGCCGAACAGCUUGAUCACGUCAUGUUCCGCAUGGGCUUGCUGGCAGUUCUGAGGUCCAAAGCCGUGGUAUCUACUAUUGGCAUCAUGGUUACAGCAUCUCACAAUCCUGAAGAAGAUAAUGGUGUAAAGCUGGUUGAUCCUCUUGGUGAAAUGCUGCACCCUUCCUGGGAAGAGUAUGCCACGCAACUAGCAAAUGCAGAGGAGCGAGAAUUACAGAAAAUAAUAACUGAGAUCUGCCAAAAAGCAGCAGUGAACCAGUACAAAGAUGCUUCAGUUUUUAUUGGUAGAGACACCAGGCCAAGCAGCGAGAAACUUUCACAGUCAGUAAUAGAUGGUAUCUCCGUUCUAGGUGGUCAGUACCAUGAUUAUGGUCUGGUGACAACACCACAGCUACAUUACAUGGUCUGCUGUCGAAACACCCAAGAGCAGUAUGGGAAAGCAACGCUGGAAGGUUAUUAUGAAAAACUAUCGAAAGCUUUUACGGAACUGAUAAAACAGUCUCCCAGCUUUGGAGAGAGUCAGAGGCACCUGAAGGUUGACUGUGCCAAUGGAAUAGGCGCCCUGAAACUAUCUGAAAUGGAGCCCUACUUUCCAAAGGAGGUGCUUAUUCACCUAUAUAAUGAUGGAACCAAGGAAAAACUCAAUCACUUAUGUGGUGCAGAUUUUGUAAAAGUUCACCAGAAACCACCUAGAGGGCUAGACAUGAAGCCCAAUGAGAGAUGCUGCUCAUUUGAUGGCGAUGCAGAUAGAAUUGUUUAUUACUAUAAGGACGCAACUGGCCAUUUUCACCUAAUCGAUGGAGAUAAAAUAGCAACUUUAAUUAGUAUCUUCCUUAAAGAACUUCUUGCCAAGGUGGGACAGACUUUAAAGAUGGCAGUGGUACAAACGGCGUAUGCCAAUGGGAGUUCAACACGCUACCUUGAGGAAACACUGAAGGUACCUGUGCACUGUGUCAAAACAGGAGUGAAACACUUGCAUCACAAGGCCCAGGAGUUUGAUGUUGGUGUUUAUUUUGAGGCAAACGGACAUGGUACAGUAUUAUUUAGUAAAGCUGCUGAAACUAAAAUAAGACAACUGGCAAAAGAGGAGAAAGAUGAUGAAAAAAGAGAAGCAGCGAAGGUGCUUGAAAACAUGAUUGACCUCAUUAAUCAGACGGUUGGUGAUGCUGUCUCAGACAUGUUGGUUAUUGAAGCAAUCCUGGCUUUGAAAGGUCUGACUGUGCAACAGUGGGACGCCAUCUACACUGACCUUCCGAAUCGGCUGCUCAAAAUUCAGGUUGCAGACAGGCGAGUUAUUGACACAACGGAUGCAGAAAGGCAUGCAGUUACACCUCCGGGACUACAAGAGAAAAUCGAUGCACUUGUAAAGAAGUACAAAUUGUCACGAGCGUUUGUCCGGCCAUCAGGAACAGAAGAUGUAGUUAGAGUAUACGCUGAAGCAGACACACAGGAGAACGCAGAUGCCCUCGCCCAUGAAGUAAGCCUGGCUGUUUACCACCUCGCUGGUGGAAAGGGAGCACCACCCCAGCCUAUAUAACAAAUGACACAACUACAGUUAAAGUUCAUAACUUGACUUAUUUUUUAAUAUUACUUUAUUUAC